UAUUAACGUCACAAUGUGAAACAACACACUUUAUUCGUCUCAGUAACUAAAACAACCGCAGACAGGUUUCGGUUUACCGUGCGACCGUGUUAACUAGUGAACGCGGGGCUGAAUGCGCCUGUGUUGCCGUAGUUUAAACUCCACUGUUUAAACUCGUAAAUGUGUCUAUUUUUAUAUAUAUAUAUUACUGUUAACGUCACAGUGUCGAACAACGUGCUUUCUUUGUCUCGGUAACUAAAACAACCGCAGACCACUUUCGGCGGACAGUGUUUCGGUUUAACGUGCGACCGUGUUAACUGGUGACCGCGGGGGCGGAACGCGUCUGUGACGCUUCGUGUCCAUAGAUAAAUACACGUAGACCGCUGAAUCGUACGUCGACGUGUGCCGCCAUUUUGGUUGUGGCAGAGUGGAGCGGUUCGGAGAAGAUGCCUCAUUCUUGUUCUGCGUGGAAGUGUACCAACCGAUGUACACCAUUUACCAGAUCUCAGGGCAUCACCUUUCACAAGUUUCCCAAAGAUGAAGAGCUGAGAAAGCAAUGGGAAGCAGCUGUUGGAAGGAAAGGCUUUUCUGCAAGUCGGUCCUCCUCGCUCUGCAGCGAACAUUUCGGACCGGAGCAUUUUGACCGGACAGGUCAGACGGUCAGGAUCAGAGCUGGAGUUGUUCCUUCAGUCUUCCGUUACCCAGGUCCAGAUCGCCCCAAGCCUGUGGUUACCAGGACGUCUCGGACCUCAAAGAAGGCACGGGAGCCCCUGACGCUGGACCGUCCCAAGCUUGUCCAAGAAGCCAAGCCCCUGCCUCUGCCCAAUGUUGAACACUGCUAUGCUCUGCCUUCAUCACAUGAUGAUCUGAGGGCCAGACUCACGGAAGCCCUGGCUAGGGUGGAGAGUCUGGAAAGAGAGAGGAGGAACGCGAUGGACAGAGAGAGGAGGGCAAAGUACACCGUGUGCAGUCUCCUGCACGAUCUCAUGGAAAACAAACUAAUGAAUGAAGAGUUGAAAGAGCAGCUCGAGAUAUACUCAGAACUUCCACUACCCCUCCUGUCAAAGCAGAGCCAAAAAGAAAGCACAGGAUGAGACCGUGUCCCUGUUUUGCUUUUUGAGAUGUCCUCUUCUCCAGCAGCAGAAGAAACUGAAGCCAACGUUCCUGCUUUAGUGUGUUUGACCAUAGCUAUCUUCCAACCCGCUUUGGUUUAUAUCUCAGGGUUUGUUGUUCGGCAAAUUCUCAAAAAGCUGUCGUGUAAUGUGUGAGGUUUUGCAAGUAAGGAUGGAUCAAUGUGUACCCCCCCCCCAUGUGUAUAUAUAUGUAUAUAUGUUCAUCAAUAUGAAUAUAAAAAUGAUUACUCAAAACCAGUGAAAUGUAAACGUUAGUGCUCUUUACUCAGAUCUACAUUUCACGAUCUGGUUAUUAUAGACACUGAUUGUUAGGAGAAUUUUUAAAGAAAAACCCUUGAAUAAGGAA